AUGAGCUCGCCAGGCGCAGGAUUGUCAGUCAUUGCUGCAUUCCAUCCAGAACAUAAAUCGCCGCAGCCGUUGGAUGAGCGAGCGCAAGCGGAAACACUGUUGGAACGAUUAGCUGAGCGAACGCAUCAUCCGAAACGAAAUCUCAUACAAGAUCUGACCUAUACCUCAGACGCUAUAUCCGGUCCGCAUUCGCUGCACUCAGUAGGGACUUUUGCUGGUCGCCCUAUAGAAACCCGUCAGAGGAAUGUCUUUAUUGACAAUCAAGGAGUUCCAGUGCCAGUAGAGAAUUGA